CAAAAUAUACAUAGAAACAUCAGAUUUAGUAAGCAUUGUGUUUGCUCUUUGAAUCCUUAAAUAAAUGAUUUUAACACUAAAUUAAUAAUAUCAAUAGCUAUAUGUUAAAGACAAGCACAAAAAAUGAAUAUUUAAGUUAAAGUAUAGCAUAAUGGUAGACAGUGAGCACACAUAUAAGACGUUGUAUCUUCGAAACAUUAAUUUCCUUUGAAACAAGCCGAUGACCAAAUUAAUAAUUUAAAGAUUCAAGGAUCAUUUAUUUACACUAUGCAACACAACACAAUGCAGUUGUAGCCCAUUGCUACACAAGAAAAACAUGAUGAACAUAAGCAAAACAGUUGUGCAUCCCAUGCCUUUUUAAAGAAAUAAUACGAUGUGAAGCUAUUUCAAGUCCAAUUGUAUACACAGUUGUGUACAAAUCGUUUAUUUCAUCAAGUCAACAUGCAUAAAUAUGAAUAUUUGAGCAGUUUUAUUUUGAAAAGAAUUUGGAAAUUCUAGACCCCGGAAGUACAUCAGUUGCACCGGAUGUAAGACAAGAAGACAGCGGCAAGUCUUAUGAGUUAGCUGUGCACUUAGCUUGUGUUAUUGCAGUAAGCUAAUAUGAAACACUCUUUUUGCAUGUAAGCGUGAAUUUAAGGAGUAUUCAUAACUUGAAUAAAUAUGGAUACGAACAGAUAAUAAAGUCAGUAACGCGAGAGUUGAAAGAGGAGCCCCAAAACAACCUAUAUUUGUUACGCUAGCACCACACUAGCUAACAUUUGUUAGCAUUGUUUAGAUAUCGCAGCCAUGACUCUGGCAGUGGACCGGGAGCCCAGAAAGACUGCGGGUAACCGCAUGUCAAAGGUAUUGGAUGCUGAAGAAGAGGAUGAAUUCUACAAGACUACGUAUGGCGGCUUCAGCGAUGAACCGGGAGAUGAUGAGUAUCACGGAGAACAUUCAGACACGGAGGAUGAGGUGGACAGCGACUUCGACAUCGAUGAGGGCGACGAGCCGGACAGCGACAAGGAGGACGAUGCACCUCGGAGGAAAAGUCGAGUGGUCACUAAAGCAUAUAAGGAACCAAUAAAGGUGGCAAAACCCAAACCCAAAAAACCCUCCGAGGAACAGAAGAAGACGGAGAAAGUCAAAGUUGAGCUCAAAAGGAGGAUUCCACCAGAAUUCCAAGAUUUUGCAGAGACUCGGAAGUCUGUGCGACAGUCCACCAGUGAACACACACGAAAGACCAACCUGCGCUUGCAAGAGCGCCAGGAUGCCCCUCGGCGACGGAGAGGGGCUCACCGGGACCGGCCCCUUACUCAAGACGAACUGCUGGCUGAAGCCAAAAUAACAGCCGAGAUCAACAUUCGAUCUUUAGAGAACUAUGAACGUCUGGAGGCGGACAAGAAGAAACACGUCCACAAGAAGCGUCGUUUUGAGGGUCCAACCAUCCGUUACCAUUCGGUCCUGAUGCCACUAGUCUCUCACUCAGUCCUGAAAGAAGAAAAUGUGGAUGUUGAAGGGUUGGAUCAGGAUGUCCCUCAGAUGGCACCACAGAACCCAUCUACACCGUCCCAGCAGGCUGCCGGAGGCCUGUGCUCUCGUACAUAUAUAACAUUCAGCGAGGACGAAGCUUUCGAGGCGUCCUUUCCACACGGCGCCCAGUCGAGUCCUCCGCUGCCGGUCCAGGAGGUUUGUCCCGUCACCCACAAGGCUGCGCUGUACAGAGACCCGGUCACUGACAUACCUUACGCUAACACGCGGGCCUUCCGCAUCAUCCGAGAAGCGUACCGCAAAUACGUGGCCGCUCACGGAUUUCCAAACACUUCGGGUGGGGUGACGGGACUCGAUUCCUCGGCAACAAAGGCUUCCCGCCAGAAAAUGUCUGUCAAGCAGAGUGCUAUGGCAACAUAGAUUAGUUAAAAAAAAAUGAUUCAUGAAGCAAGUCGGUGCCUAUAAAAACACAACCAGUCUCUGUACACCACCAUGGCUUAAAUACCUCUUCUUCACUCAGCUGUCCACAUCUAGUUUCAUCUCCAUCCAUACAAACUUCCUGUUGCACCAGAGAUUAGAAUUGUUGGGAUAUAUUAGUCUGUGAUUAAUGUGUUACAGAUUUUUUUUUUUGUGCUACUGUUGACUCGACAGUAUGAAAUUACAAGAAGUAAAAGAACGUAACAACGUUACCACAACCAAACACGUUGGUACAUUUUUUUUGAAACUGCAAAAAAACGUCUUACUUGUGUGUCUGUUUAAAGAAAUGAAUGUUGUGCAUAAAGGCUCUUACAGGAGUCUCUGUCUGGCCGUAUGUGGGUAUGUCCUUCGCAUAUCUCGACAACCGUUCAUCCGAUCUACUUCACACUUGUCACACUUUACGGGUGUAUUGUAGGACUGCCGUGUCUGCAGUAGUAGGGGCGGGGCUUCAGGCCUCUGCGGAGUCCAGCAUGUUGUCUGCAUGACUUACAUUCACUGCACUUCCAUUCGCUGCUGUGUGGUGGACAAAGCCGGAUAAAGUCACAUGGGUGCCGGAUAUACUAACGUUAAUUGGUUAACGGAGAGCGGAUUGUAUUUCACCCGUGUGAAGUCCUGUUCACACGGGUGAGUAAAUCUGCAUUUCCCCGGUAUAUGACUUGAUACAAACUUAAAAAUACCAUAUAAUUAAAUCCAGGAUGUCAAAACAAGUGACUAAUACGCCUAUUUGGAAGUACCGCUGUAUUUCACUGAUGUUUCUGACCUUGUGUCAGUAGGCCACUCAAACCUUUUAUUUUUUUUAAGUGAAACUAUUAAAACAAAUAAUACCGCACAGUAAAAGUCCUGCAUUUUACAUUUUUACUUCAAGUAAAAAGUGAAAUAGAGGCAUUAUCAGCACCAUGCACACAAUGCAUUAUAUUACAAUUGUUCUAUUUUGUGAGUUGAAUCUGAAUUACCUGCAACAAUACCAUUUUAUUUAUUUUUUAUUUUUGUGUUUCUAACCGCGAGUAGCCGCGAUUCGGGCUGUGAGGCUAACUAUGUCAUGGCAGGUGUAUUGCUCAAGACACAAGGAGGUGCAGUGUGGAGUGUGAGGUUGUUUGUUUGAGCGAUUCACGAGAAAGCUGCAAGCAGUGACACCACAGGCCGAGCGUUCGGCCCGUUCUCAACAGACAAGUUCUCAACGGAAACCACACUAGUAGAUGAGAAAGUACAGAUUGGCUUUGGAAGAAAAGUAGUUCUCCAUCUGCACGUAAUUUUCUUAAUAAAAUGCCCUUUUUUUUUUUACUGUCAAUAUAUUCGAUUUCUACAAAUGUUCAUAUCUCUCCAUAAAAAUACAUAUUUGCAGCUUAAUAUUUUAAAAUCUGUAGUCAUGAUUUACAGCCUGUAACAACACAUCCAUCAUAUUACAAUGAAUUCCAUCUGUGAUGCCUUCACAACUUCAAGUCCAUCCUGAAUUCAUUAAAACUAGGUUAACCUUUACCCAGAAGACAAAUGACAACGUUUCCUAUUUGUUUUUAAAAACCGUAAUCUAGCAUUCAGUCGAAUGUCAUUACUGAAAUCACUUGAGAUGACCCAAAAGCUUAAUUUACAGUUGAUCAAAGCAUUCAAAGCUGUAAUUCCUCCCUGCUGUCGUUAAUUGCUACAUUUUAACAGAACAACAAGCAUUCAAAUAUAAAAGACCUUGUAUGGUUUGUUAUUGAUAGCAAACAUCUGUUUCAUCGAAGUUCAAUGCUUUAUUCCGUCACAUAAAUCACAUUACAGUGUCUGAAUGAGCCAGACAGUCGACUUUACAAGCAUUUUGAAUACGUUUGAGUCGCCCGUGAGUAUUAGAAAAGGUGUUAUUUCUGUUCCUGGUAAAUAACAGAAAGUUGUUUUCAGAUCCAGUCUUGAAUGUCACAGCGAAGAAAACUCCUGCUAUGUUGAACCCUCUAGGACUUUAAAUGAUGUUUUCUCUAUUUAUUCUGUCAGGGCACAAUCACAGAGCUACAAGGUUCCUCUGAACUCCGCUGAGUGUUUGUCUAGCGUGUCACCUUUGACCCCUCUCACACUGAACAAGAAGCUCUCCCCUGAACAGCUUCCUGUAGCUUUCGGCCAUCUCGACCACUCUGUGUUACAUAAAAAACCCCACAGGGGAGCAAACAUGAUGUAGAUGUUUAGUCACCCAGGGUAAGAAUCACGCUCCUGAAACACAAUGAGGAGCUUUCACAUUAUUUCUAUGAUCAGGUUGUUGUUUCAGCGGCAGUUGUGACUUUCACACUUCAGUCGGAGACGUGAUUGGUGAAGCUGACCGCGAGUUCCUUUUGGAGUUUCAGGUACGAGUCUUGCCGCGUCGGCCUUCAUAUCAGUUUAGCCUUCAGCAGAUGGUUUGGGCAGUGAUUUUUUUUUACGAUUUGAAGGAAAGCUCCUAAAUUUCAGAUUUCACGUUGCUGCCAGAAGGAUCAUGUUGCAUUCAAGCAGAUUUCCUCCUGCUGUUCGUCUAAUGUCCUGAUAAUGUUGAGCGGAGCGUCUAGCUAAGCAACCAACCAUGUCUCUGUCUUAGACACACAACAAGCUCAGGCUUCUUUUGAUGUUUACCUGUCAGCUGGUCUGUGAUGAAGGAAAAAAGAAAAUGCAUUUUGCAUGAUCUCAUGUAGAUCUCACGUAGAACGCCCACUCAUAUCAAUUUAAUAAUCAACGCUUUUCUUUCUUAUCUUUUAGAAAACUGAAUGUCUUUGUCUGGUUUUUAAUUGUUGGUGGAGAAGAAGAAGCAAUUUGAAGACAUUAAAUUACAUUCUAGGGAAUUGUUAUUGGCAUGUUUCCACUAUUUUAUGUUUUUAUAGAUGUGAUCACUGGAAAAAUAAUAUUCAACUUGUCACUUGUGAAGAUUUGCUACUU